AUGGGCGCGCUAGCGAAGCGGCCUCGCUGCGCCCCUUUUUUUGUACAUCCAUCAAUGGCCCUUGGUCAGAGUCCGUCUGCUAACACUCUACAAACUCUGAAGGUGUGCGGGGUAGUAUCUCCUGAGGAUGCAUCUCUUGUGACCGCGGUGACACGAUCGCUUCUUCCCCCCAAUGUAGAUCUCCUGAUCGGAUCAAUUCUGUGGCCGGGAUCGAAGCGAUCAGUUUCACACGCCACAGCUGCUAAGAUCGCGGAUGUGGCACGCGCAGCAGGAGCGACCCCUGUCGCCGUCUUUGUCGAUGAGUCCAUAGAAGAGAUGCGCCAUGUCUGCAAGACGUGCGGGUUUCAAAUUUCACAGCUGCACGGGGGUCCUUGCCGGGCAUCUGUACGAAGUGCUGGCGCCACUCUCGAGGAAGGGCUCAAGUUCAUUGACGUGAAGGAUAUCGCAUCGGAUGGGAGAGCUUUGGAAGAAGAAGAUAUUGAGGGCGCUUUCUGGAGAUUAUAUGACGCAAAAGGAGGAGGAACUGGAAAGCCAUUCAACUGGAGCGGCUUCAAUCGCCCACAGGAGCGAUGGUUGCUCGCCGGAGGUCUCGAUCCUGGCAAUAUUACACAAGCCAUUACAGCCUUACGUCCCAAUGGAGUAGACGUCGCCAGUGGUGUCGCCGGAGAAGAUCGCUGCAAGAAGGACGAGAAAAAGUUGCGGCUGUUCGUUGAGAGACUUGUGGAAGCUUAUGCAUGACUUUUUAUUGCUGACAAACUAACACCAAGAACAAAUGAUAUGUUACACGUGCCUGCCACCCCUUUCCUUACCUUCGCCUUCCAUUCCUUCUCCAUCUGCACUCAUCAAAGCAGACGUAUGGCCUGACUUUAGAAACCAAAUGCAUCUAGUGUGUACCUGACAUUCGGAGACCAUGCGUCUGUCGGGAAGGAAUUUACUGAUGCUAGAGCAACUCGGCGAGAAAUCUAUGAGUCAAAUUGCGGCCUUUGCCAUUAAUCAAAGCGAUCGUGCCACUCUCUCCGCACAAUCCCUUUCGCAGUGUCCACCUACAUACUCCUGAAGUAGUGUGUCUGCACCAGCACGGCAGUAGCCCUCUGCGAGGCGACGUACAACAAGAGACCUGGCUGCUCUCAGAACGCAUGAGUGUUUAGUAAAAUGCAUCUGCCUGCGU